AUGUCUCAUCGAAGUGGGCAAGAGGACCCGGAGCGGUACCUGUUUGUCGACCGGGCCGUCGUGUACAACCCGGCCACGCAGGCCGACUGGACGGCCAAGAAGCUGGUGUGGAUCCCCUCGGAGCGCAACGGCUUUGAGGCGGCCAGUAUCCGGGAGGAGCGGGGAGAGGAGGUGCUGGUGGAGCUGGCGGAGAACGGUAAGAAGGUGGUGAUCAACAAGGACGACAUCCAGAAGAUGAACCCGCCCAAGUUCAGCAAGGUGGAGGACAUGGCGGAGCUCACCUGCCUGAAUGAGGCGUCAGUGCUGCACAACCUGAAGGACCGCUACUACUCUGGACUGAUAUAUACUUACUCUGGUCUUUUCUGUGUGGUCAUCAACCCCUACAAGAACCUGCCCAUCUAUUCAGAGAACAUCAUAGAGAUGUACAGAGGAAAGAAGAGACAUGAAAUGCCUCCACACAUUUAUGCCAUCUCUGAGUCAGCGUACCGCUGCAUGCUCCAAGAUCGAGAGGACCAAUCGAUUCUUUGCACAGGCGAGUCGGGAGCGGGCAAGACGGAAAACACAAAGAAGGUCAUCCAGUACCUGGCCCAUGUUGCCUCCUCACACAAAGGACGCAAAGACCACAACAUUCCUCCCGAUUCUCCCAAAGCAUUCAAGCUACAGGCAAGUGGAUCCCCCGGCGAGGGUGUCGUCUAUCUUCAUGGGGAGUUGGAACGUCAGCUCCUGCAAGCCAAUCCAAUCCUUGAGUCGUUUGGCAAUGCCAAGACGGUGAAAAACGACAAUUCGUCUCGCUUUGGGAAGUUCAUCAGAAUCAACUUUGACGUUACCGGCUACAUUGUUGGGGCCAACAUUGAAACCUAUCUUCUAGAAAAGUCAAGAGCCAUCAGACAGGCAAAAGAGGAGAGGACUUUCCACAUUUUCUAUCGCCUGUUGGCAGGAGCUGGAGAGCAUCUUCGAACGGAUCUGCUUCUUGAGGGAUUCAACAGCUACAGGUUCUUGUCAAACGGCAACAUUCCCAUCCCGGGUCAGCAAGACAAGGAGAAUUUCCAGGAGACAAUGGAGGCGAUGCACAUCAUGGGUUUCUCCCAUGAUGAAAUAGUCUGCAUGUUAAAGGUGGUUUCUGCCGUGCUGCAGUUUGGCAACGUCGUGUUCAAGAAGGAGAGGAAUACCGAUCAAGCCUCAAUGCCUGAGAACACAGCGGCGCAGAAGCUCUGCCACCUGCUUGGCAUGAAUGUUAUGGAGUUUACCCGAGCCAUCCUGACCCCGAGAAUCAAAGUGGGACGAGACUACGUGCAAAAAGCUCAGACCAAAGAACAGGCUGACUUUGCUGUGGAGGCCCUGGCCAAGGCGACAUAUGAGCGGCUGUUCCGCUGGCUGGUCCACCGCAUCAACAAGGCCCUGGACAGGGCCAAACGACAGGGAGCCUCCUUCAUCGGCAUCCUGGAUAUUGCUGGCUUUGAGAUCUUCGAGCUGAACUCCUUCGAGCAGCUGUGCAUCAAUUACACCAACGAGAAGCUGCAGCAGCUCUUCAACCACACCAUGUUCAUCCUGGAGCAGGAGGAGUACCAGAGGGAGGGCAUCGAGUGGAGCUUCAUCGACUUCGGCCUGGACCUGCAGCCAUGCAUCGACCUUAUCGAGCGGCCGAAUAAUCCUCCAGGAAUCCUGGCUUUGCUUGACGAGGAGUGCUGGUUUCCCAAAGCCACAGACAAGACAUUUGUGGACAAAGUGCUGCAGGAACUGGGCACGCACGCCAAGUUCCAGAAACCCCGGCAGCUGAAAGACAAGGCAGACUUCUGCAUCAUCCACUACGCCGGGAGGGUGGACUAUAAAGCUGAUGAAUGGCUCAUGAAGAACAUGGAUCCUCUGAAUGAUAACGUGGCCACGCUGCUCCAUCAGUCAACUGACAAAUUUGUGGCUGAGCUCUGGAAAGACGACAUUCAGACGUUUCAGAGAGCCUCUUUCUAUGACAAUGUGUCUGGGCUCCAUGAAGCUCCAGGUGAAUUUGACCGGAUCGUGGGUCUGGACCAGGUGGCAGGCAUGAACGAGACGGCCUUCGGCGCUGCCUACAAGACCAAGAAAGGCAUGUUUCGCACGGUUGGACAGCUGUACAAAGAGCAGCUGUCCAAACUGAUGGCCACACUCAGGAACACAAAUCCCAACUUUGUGCGCUGCAUCAUCCCCAACCACGAAAAAAGAGCUGGGAAGCUGGACCCCCACCUGGUUCUGGACCAGUUGAGAUGUAACGGCGUGUUGGAGGGGAUCCGUAUUUGCAGACAGGGAUUCCCAAAUCGGAUCGUUUUCCAGGAGUUCAGACAGAGGUAUGAGAUCCUCACUCCCAACGCCAUUCCCAAAGGUUUCAUGGACGGGAAGCAGGCGUGCGAGCGAAUGAUUCAAGCACUAGAGCUUGAUGGCAACCUCUUCCGUAUCGGCCAGAGCAAAAUAUUUUUCAGAGCUGGAGUCCUGGCUCACUUAGAGGAAGAGAGAGACCUGAAGAUCACCGACAUCAUUAUUUACUUCCAGGCCGUCUGCAGAGGAUACCUGGCACGCAAAUCCUUUGCUAAGAAGCAGCAGCAGCUCAGCGCCCUGAAGGUCCUGCAGAGAAACUGCGCUGCUUACUUGAAGCUUCGUCACUGGCAGUGGUGGAGGCUGUUCACCAAGGUGAAGCCACUGCUGCAGGUGACCAGGCAGGAGGAGGAGAUGCAGGCUAAAGAUGAAGAGUUGGUCAAAGUGAAGGAGAAGCAGAUGAAGGUGGAAGGAGAGCUGGUGGAGAUGGAGAGGAAACACCAGCAGCUAAUGGAAGAGAAGAACAUCCUCGCGGAGCAGCUGCAGGCGGAAACGGAGCUGUUUGCCGAGGCGGAGGAGAUGAGAGCGCGGCUGGCGUCCAAAAAGCAAGAGCUGGAGGAGAUCCUGCAUGACCUGGAGUCCAGGCUGGAGGAGGAGGAGGAGAGGAGCCAGGGGGUCCAGAACGAGAAGAAGAAGAUGCAGUCCCACAUCCAGGACCUGGAAGAGCAGCUGGAUGAGGAGGAGGCUGCGAGGCAGAAGCUUCAGCUUGAGAAAGUUACGGCUGAAGCCAAGAUGAAGAAGUAUGAAGAGGAUAUUCUGGUGCUGGAGGACCAGAACUCCAAGUUCCUGAAGGAGAAGAAGCUGGUUGAAGACAGAAUCAAUGAAAUGACGUUGAUGCUAGCUGAGGAGGAGGAGAAAGCCAAAAAUCUGGGGAAGAUGAGAAACAAGCAGGAGAUGAUGAUGGUGGACCUGGAGGAGAGACUGAAGAAAGAGGAGAAAACCCGCCAGGAGCUGGAGAAGGCCAAGAGGAAGCUGGACGGAGAGACGUCCGACUUCAAGGACCAGAUAGGCGAGCUGCAGUCCCAGAUAGAGGAGCUCAAAGUUCAGCUGAGCAAGAAGGAGGAGGAACAGCAGAUGAUGCAAACCAGGGGAGAAGAGGAGAUCAACCAGAAGAACAACGCGCUGAAGCAGAUCCGGGAGCUGCAGGCCCAGCUGUCUGAGCUGCAGGAGGACCUGGAGUCGGAGAAGCAGGCCAGGAACAAGGCGGAGAAACUCAAGAGGGAUCUGAGUGAGGAGCUGGAGGCGCUGAAGACGGAGCUGGAGGACACGCUGGAUACGACCGCGGCGCAGCAGGAGCUCAGAACCAAGCGUGAGCAGGAGGUGGCAGAGCUGAAGAAAGCCAUCGAAGAGGAGACGAAAAACCACGAGGCUCAGAUUCAGGAGAUGAGACAGAGGCACUCGACCGCCUUGGAGGAGCUGUCCGAGCAGCUGGAGCAGGCCAAGAGGUUCAAAGCUAACCUGGAAAAGACCAAGCAGAGCCAAGAGAGUGCCAACAAGGAGCUGGCCAACGAGGUGAAAACCUUACAGCAAGCAAAGACCGAGUCCGAGCACAAGAGGAAGAAGCUGGAGGGUCAGCUGCAGGAGUUCAUGGCCCGGGUCACCGAGGGCGAGCGGGCCAAGGGCGAGCUGGCUGAACGCACACACAAGCUGCAGACCGAACUGGACAACGUGUCGGCCUUGCUGGAAGACGCAGAGAGGAAGGGCAUCAAGAUGGCCAAAGAUGUUUCCGGAUUGGAGAGUCAGCUACAAGACACACAGGAGCUUCUCCAGGAGGAAACCCGCCAGAAGCUGAACCUGAGCAGCCGCAUCCGGCAGCUGGAGGAGGAGAAAGCCGCUCUGCAGGAGCAGCAGGAGGAGGACGAGGAGGCCCGCAAGAACCUGGAGAAGCAGCUGCUGAGCGUCCAGGCUCAGCUGUCGGAGAGCAAAAAGAAGCUGGAUGACGACGUUGGAACAAUAGAAAACCUGGAGGAGGCGAAGAAGAAGCUCCAGAAGGACCUGGAGCUUUCCAGCCAGCGUCUGGAGGAGAAGACCAUUGCUUUUGAGAAGUUGGAGAAGACGAAGACUCGGCUUCAGCAGGAACUGGAUGACCUCACCGUGGACUUGGAUCACCAGAGGCAGAUCGUCUCCAACCUGGAGAAGAAGCAGAAGAAGUUUGACCAGAUGCUGGCCGAGGAGAAGAGCAUCUCGGCCCGCUACGCCGAGGAGCGGGACCGCGCCGAAGCCGAGGCCAGAGAAAAGGAGACCAAAGCUCUGUCCAUGACCAGAGCUCUGGACGAGGCGCUGGAGGCCAAAGAGGAGCUGGAGCGGAUCAACAAGCAGCUCCGAGCCGAAAUGGAGGACCUGAUGAGCUCAAAGGACGACGUCGGCAAGAACGUCCACGAGCUGGAGAAGUCCAAGCGCACGCUGGAGCAGCAGCUGGAGGAGAUGAAGACUCAGCUGGAGGAGCUGGAGGACGAGCUGCAGGCCACGGAGGACGCCAAGCUGCGUCUGGAGGUCAACAUGCAGGCCAUGAAGGCCCAGUACGAGAGAGACCUGCAGGGCCGCGACGACCAGAACGACGAGAAGAAGAGAGCUCUGGUCAAGCAGGUGCGAGAAAUGGAAGCCGAGUUGGAGGAUGAGAGGAAGCAGAGAGCUCUGGCUGCAGCAGCGAAGAAGAAGCUGGAGAUGGACCUGAAGGACAUCGAGGGACACAUAGAGGGCGCCAACAAGGCCCGGGACGAAGCCAUUAAGCAGCUGCGCAAGUUACAGACUCAAAUGAAGGACUACCAGAGGGAGCUGGAGGACACCCGGGCUUCCAGAGACGACAUCUUCGCCCUGUCCAAGGAGACGGAGAAGAAACUGAAGAGCCUAGAGGCCGAGAUCGUUCAGCUGCAUGAGGACCUGGCUGCCUCUGAGAGGGGGCGGCGUCACGCCGAGCAAGAACGAGACGAGCUGCAGGACGAAAUCUCCAACAGCACCUCUGGAAAAGCCGCCCUGAUGGAUGAGAAGAGGAGGCUGGAGGCCCGGAUCGCCCAGCUGGAGGAGGAGCUGGAGGAGGAGCAGGGCAACAUGGAGCUGCUCAACGACCGCUUCAGGAAAACAAACAUGCAGGUGGACACUCUGACCACGGAGCUGAGCGCGGAGCGCAGCGCGGCGCAGAAGAGCGAAAACGCCCGGCAGCAGUUGGAGCGUCAGAACAAGGACCUGCGUGCCAAACUGAGCGAGCUGGAGGGUUCGGUGAAAAACAGGUUCAAGGCCUCCAUCACCGCUCUGGAGGCCAAGAUAGCACAGCUGGAGGAGCAGCUGGAGCAGGAAGCCAGGGAGCGGGGGGCGGCCAACAAGAUCGUCAGAAGGACGGAGAAGAAGCUGAAAGAAGUCUGCAUGCAGGUGGAGGACGAACGUCGCCACGGUGAUCAAUUUAAAGAGCAACUGGAGAAGGCCAACUCCCGCAUGAAGCAGCUGAAGCGGCAGCUGGAGGAGGCGGAGGAGGAGGCCACCCGGGCCAACGCCUCGCGCAGGAAGCUGCAGAGGGAGCUGGACGACGCCACAGAGGCCAGCGAGGGCCUCAGCCGCGAGGUUCACACCCUCAAGAACCGGCUCAGACGCGGCGGCCCCAUCACCUUCUCCACCAGCCGCUCUGGCCGACGCGCGCUGCAGGUGGAGGGAACCUCCCUGGACCUCCUGUCAGACGACGAGCUGGAAAACAAGAUCACCGACAACAACGCCAACGAGACCCCGACCCCCCAGCAGGAGUAGAUGCAUACACAUCACUAAACCUGCAACAAUCACUCAGACUUUAACUGCUCCAACAGGGAACCCUCCGAUUCCUUCAUCUCUUCUGUUUUACUGACUUUUUUUCUUUUAAAAAAAAUAUUUGCCUAAUUAUUUCCCAUGUAAUUUUAGUCAGAAGCCCUUAUCAGAUUAACCUUUAGAAGACACCAGCAGUUGGACCUCCAACAGUCCUCCUUUAGCAAGGCAUUGCCUGUGUUUAGUUACAGAGCUGUAGGCAGAAGUUUAGAAAUAGGAAAACCCAACUUUUGUUCAAAGAGUUGGUGAUAAAUAUUAUCUGCUGGUCCAGCGGUUAGCUGUUCAAUAAUUGUGCCAACAGCACUGGAAAAUGAUCAAAUCAGAAAGGAGCCGUUUGUGUUCCAGCGUCUGUGCAAAGGUAUUCGGGAAACAAUUUUUCCACAUUCUGUCAAAUUAAAAUGGCAAACUUCUGUGUAUUUUGUUGGGAUUUUAUGUGAUAGCAACACAAAGAGAUAAACUGAUUUAUCGCUCCUGGCUCAGAGGUUUGUAGAUUUACAGCUUCGGGUCUUUUAGGUUUGUCUCUACCAGCUCUGAGUUUUUGCCGGUUCUUUAAGCUUUGAGAAGGUCUGGAUUUACUCAAUCUAAAAUUUGGACUGGAACAGUUUAACAUGCUUUGAUCUGAAACCUGCGGCUCCAGAGAAACAUGUGGAUCUCGCAAAACCAAAACGGAAAUGUUUUUGAUCCGGGACACAAGGGACACUUUUUCUUCCAGCUCACCGAUAUUUUUUAAUCCAUCAUAUAAAAUCCCAAUAAAAUGAAUUUUGUGGUUUGAAGGUGAGAAAAUGUGAUGCAAACCUUUGUGAGGCGUAAACAAACACCAUCAUGAGUUUUUUUCUUUGUCACUGCUUGACGUCUUGUGGAUUAGUUUAAUUCUCAGCUGAGUUGUGAUUGAGUCGUGCUUCGUCUGCCCUCGGUUAGGAUCGCUCGCUUCCACAUGGAUAUUGAACUGUGACUGUGUGCUGCCUCAGUGCUUCAGCUCUUUGCUCCUGUUCAGCGUCAGCGCUAAAAACAGCAACUACGCCCAUGUUAUCUUUCUUCUUCUUCUGUGCCUUUUUCAUACUCCUGAAGCUGCACAUCCAUUUGUAUCACAUAUAUAGUUCAUGUAUUGAACCAUGUAUAAUGUCAUGAAGGUAUUUUCUUAAAAAAUAUCAUAAAUUUGCAUAUUUAAUGAAAUAUUAGUUGCAACCCAGUGAAUGUCUUCCUUCGGUGUUGCAUGUUAUUGAUGAUUCGUCAGCAGUGUGGGAAUCUCUGUAGGUGGACUUUUCUUAUUGACAGCUUUUGUACUUUUUGAGUUCUUGAGAAAUGAAGACAAUCCAAUAGAUAUCAGCUCUAUUUAUAUCUCUGCUAUUGUUGACAAUACAGACGACAUUCAUAUUCCGAGCUGCUCAGUGUAACGCAUUGAUCCGCUGGUGGGAGGAGUACCUGGAGAGAACCAACGCAUCCACAGAGAGAAUAUGCGAACUCAGGCCGGGACUUGAUAUUUAUCUAUGUAUAUGAUUUUUUUUUUUUUUUUUUUUUUUGGUCCUUUAGUUGUGCCAUCCUAAAAUUUUCUCUGGCCAUCCCAAUGAGAAUGUUCUUGGGAUGCCACUGAAUUCGAACGCGGUAUCUUCUUGCUGCAAGGCAACAUGGCUACCAACUGUCCCACCGUUCAAUACAGAAAAAAAUAUGUGAACAUAUCCCAUCUGAACUAGAGUUUAAAUCACCAUAUUUAAUGAGUAAAUAUUAGUUGUCUGAGCUCAAGUGGACCCUCUCUGUGUUUGGCUGGUAGCAGGACGAACCAGGAAGUAAAAAUAAGUAAAAGAGAGCACACUUGACAAACACAAAGCCUUAUUUAAAAUUUAAAGCCAGAUCAUGUUGGUGGUUAAAUGAGACAUCCUGACAAAGUCUAGAAAAACUAAACAGCUGAAUUUGUGACAGUGUUGCUAUGCCAACAUGCUUUUGAUCCAAAAAGUUCAUCUGUUUUUUUAAAAACUUUGUUUGCAUUAUUUAGACUGAGAGUUGAGAUGUUAAGAAAGAGAGGAUUUAAAAAUCGCAUUUCCAUUGAAGAGGUUGAUCACUUCUGGAUCACUCAGAAUGGAGAAAUGCUUAUUCACAAAUAUUGGUAUUGUGGAAAAAUGUGCUCAAUCAUGGUUAUUUAAAAACCUCUUAUUAGUUUACGUUCACUUAUUAAUCAUGUUGCACCUCUAAUUUUUCUUAGAUUUAGGGGUGCAAUAAGUUUGCUGUCAUUGCAAGCUUAUCUUAGCCAUCUAAGGUAAUGUUUGACAUCUUAUUUUAAAAAAGUAAUUUUGACAUUUUUAACUCAAAAUGCUUUCUGGUCUCUGGUUAUUAUCUUCAUCACUGAAUUAAAUUCACAAUCAGUUUUCUAAAACACUCUUCAAGGGAUUGCAUUUAAGCAACUGGUGGCAUUAUUGUUUUUAAAGUGUUUUCAAAAGUCAUAAAUAGAUACAUGGACUUAUUUUUAUAUUUUUAGCACAGAGUGCAGCUCACACGCUGCACUAGAACCAUUCAAAAAGUGAAGGUUUAACGUAAACGUUGCAGGGCACAGUGGUGGUUGCAGAGUUCCUGAUUUCUGGACAAACAGCUUGAAAUGACGGGACACAGAGGGACACAUCUCCUCUCAUCUCAUCCUUCCUGUGGCAGACGGCUACAAUCUUCAUCCAAAGAACAACAAC